AAACGUAGGAGAAAUGUCUCAAUCUGUAAAAACGAAAAGGACCAAAGAGGAAGACAUGAUAGUCAGGAUCGUAACGGAAAAUCCCAAGAGUAAGGAUCUAGUAUCGAAAAAAUGUGAGGAAAAUUGUUUUAAAGCAGGAUUGGACAAAGGAUAUCUAUUGGGAUCAGCUGGUUCUUCAAGGAAGCCAAAUGUUUCGAUUAGUUUCAAGUCAGCAGAUUCAAAUACGAAAUCUAGGGAAGAAUGAUAUUAUGUCAAAUUCGCAGUCAGCCAUAUUCAAAGUUCGACAACAUAUGAAUGACGUUGAUAUGCUAGAGUAUCCUGCGCCAAAUGUAAUCAGAAGUAAUGGAUUGUGGAUUAAUAUGGAUAGACCAGAGAAGAGCAUACUAUAUUCCGCAUGGUUACAACGAUUUGAAGGAACUCGUCGAGUAAACGCUAGAUUGGGUAAUUAAAAUUCUCAUUACGUCGGCGGCAUCUUGAAACGCGCCGCGGACAAUAGGCUGGAAACGAAGUCGCGGAUUGCAAGGAUAGGAUCGUGCCGUGGAGGGACAGAGGGUGAAAGCAUAAAUAAAGCCAAUUGGCUGAAAAAGGAAGGACUCUGCGUCAAAAUGUAUGAAAAAAUUAUA